AAUCUCCCUGUUGUGAGUUCCCCGAUCAACACGUCCUGCGGCAGACAAUCUCUAACGUGUCUGUUUUAACAGUGGCUUGAUAGAGGGGGAUUGGAAUGUCGGGUGUAAAGGACCGAUUGGCAGAACUACAGGCAGGUCAGAAGGGGUCUAAGACCGAUAAUGAGAAAAUGAAGACAAAAAAUAAACCUAAAGUGGCGGACGACAUGGAAAGCCUUCAAGAACAAGUCCGGGACAUCGAGGGAAAUCUGACAACAAUAGAAAGAAAUGUGAAGGAAAUGGAAGAUCUUCAGAAACAUAUGCUCAACUCGCCCUUCUGUGACAAGGCGGACGUGUACAAAUAUGAACAGAUUGUGAACCAUGUUCAACAGGUGUCUAAGGAGGCCAGGCUAAAACUUCGAGGUCUAGAGCAAGAGACUGCCAGCGAGCAAAAGGGAUCCGAUGGGUCAUCUGCUCUACAGAGGGUAAGAACACACCAGCUGAACCGCCUGACCAAUACACUCGCGGCUGACACCAAUACGUUUUUCAAGAUCCAGGCAGAUUACAUGGACAAGAUGAAGAAGAGGAUGCGUACACAGCUUGAGGUGACAAAAGGAACUAACAACAUGGACGAGGACGAGAUGAACGAAAUCCUCCAGAAAGAUAACUACAAUGCAUUCACGCAAAACUUCAUCUCGGACACGCAGGACGCAGCGUCUCAGCUUCGUCAAAUAGAGGACCGACAAAACGAUAUCCUGGCCUUAGAGAAGAGUGUGUUUGAAGUGAACCAGUUGUUUAAGGACAUGAGUGUGCUUGUUCACGACCAGGGUGAGAAGCUGGACAACAUAGAAUCCAACAUGGCCAGUACCCAGACUUGCGUGGGAGAAGGUAAUGUCAAACUGAAGCAGGCCCGGAAACACCGGAAAAGAUCACGGAGAUGUAUGUUCAUUGUGGCUGGGAUAGUCAUUGUUGUUGUUGUCGUCAUCGCCAUUGCCUUGGCAGCUACGUUUGCAUAACUUCGUGAAACACGUCCGUGAUGGGUACAAUACAAGCAAAGUGUGCAUGUGUGAAGGGCAAGGCUUAACUAAGGCUUAUAUGGGCCAAAAAACACCAUGUUGUAUUGUAUGAGCAUAAGAAGCGUCCUUGUAAAUUAUGCAAAUACAUAUAUGUAAUUUCAUCACAUUAUUUUUGCGAAACUGUAUGACACGAAAGUAUGAACAAUACGAGGCAUACAAUAAAUAGAUAUAGUUAUCAUCUCUGAGAUGGCUCGUAGCUUAUGUUCCUACAUUUGCAGAGAUCCAAUACUGGUGUGUGUGUGUGUACGCACAUGUGUACUACCCAUCAAAUGUUUAGACUCACUAGUGAGAAUGUAGCUACUUAUUGUAAAAUAAAUUCGUAACGUUGAAAAGAUUAUUGUUAUGAGUUCAAUAAAUGAUGAAACUCAG